GGGAGAGGAGGGGCGCUCGCAUUACUGGGGCACGUUUAUCUUACAGGGGGACGUGAUCAUUUUGUUUUUCACAGGAAAAAUGGAGAGCUACCCCGAUCAAACUCUGUGGCCCUUGCAUUAAAAAUCAAAAGCAAAGACGGCCGCCCCAUUGUGAAAGCCAGCCCAAUGGAAGAGCACCCCGGGCUUGUGUUUGUGGUGACAGUGAUGCAGCCUUUAAUAACCGCGGCUCAGAAAGACUGCGUUAUUUCGAUUGCCAGCAUUGGGGUCGGGGUCAGUGUCCGCGCCGCCACUGGACUGAGGUGAAGGAAGGAGACAUGAGGAGAUGGAAAGCGCAUUUCCUCCGGGGUUAAUUCGCUGUUAUUUGCAUUUUGAAUGAUUCGCGAGUGUCCUUGAAUACACGAUCAUAUAAAAAUCAAGCAUUUUCACAGCUGAGCCCGAGAAUUAGACACCACGCCUUCCCAGGAGAGAGGGAGCGAAGGACACGGGAGAUCCGGAACUUUAUUUGGAAGAAAGGGGAGCGGAGCCGCGACCCCGCUCGAGUUUCGUGUUUUCAGGAAGACGUCCGAAGAAAGCCUCCAUGAAUGCCGCCCCUCUACACGGACCUUUUCCAAACGCUAGCGGCUCACUUGACCAAUCAAACCGGGGGAUUGAAGCAGACUCUCCGUCGGUUUGGGAUUUCUGAUGCAUGCGAGCUGUAACACCAUGAUCUUUAUGAUUCUCGGGGCUUCGAUUGUUAUGAGUUGACCAGAUGCCUUGGUUGUCGGCUCUUACAGGCAAUAGCGUGCUUAAUGGACAUGAAUGCGCUACUGGACCGUUUUCACAAUUAUAUCUUACCGCAUUUAAGAGGGGAGGAUCGCGUCUGUCACUGCAGCUGUGGAAGGCACCAUGUGCACUAUGUGAUCCCCUACGAUGGAGACCAGUCUCUGGUGGACUCCUCUGAGAAUUACUUUGUGAGCGACAGCGUCACUAAGCAGGAGAUCGACCUGAUGCUGGGGCUGCUGCUGGGGUUCUGUAUCAGCUGGCUGCUGGUGUGGCUGGAUGGAGCUCUGCACUGCGCUGUGAGGGCGUGGCGAGCCAGCCGGCGCUACGACUCCCCCUCCUGGUCCUGGCUGCCCCGGUUCUGUAACCUGCGGGCUCUGAGGCGCCCCGCGGCGCUGCGCCCGUUCGAGGACUCCAGCGGGAACAUGGUGCACAUCAAACAGAAGCUGUACCACAACGGACACCCGAGCCCUCGCCACCUCUGAGCAGAGCCUUCACCAGCGCUCGCUCUCGACGGUCCUUUCCAACUGAAAAACUCAAGCAAACCCUUCUUCUUUUUUGUGGGGGGGGCGGGAUGGG